AUGGCUUCCAAAGGCAUGCGGCUGCUUCUGCUGCUGAGCUGUAUAGCUAGCCCCGAAGUCAUGAGUGAUAACAUACUGAGACCCAGCUGCAUUUCUGGAUGGUUUUACCACAGGUCCCAUUGCUAUGGAUACUUCCGGAAAAUGGGGAACUGGUCUCAUGCUGAGCUGGAGUGUCAGUCUUAUGGAAACGGAUCCCAUCUGGCAUCUGUCCUGAAUCAAAAAGAAGUCAGCGUCAUAUCAAAGUAUAUAACUGGCUAUCAAAGAAACCAGCCUGUGUGGAUUGGCCUGCAUGACCCACAGAAGAGGCAGCUGUGGCAGUGGAUUGAUGGGUCCACAAGCCUGUAUAGAUCCUGGGGUGACACGUCUACAAGUGGGGCCAGGCACUGUGCGGAGCUGAGCCCUAGGAACAAAUUUUUAACUUGGAGCAAAAACGAAUGCAACAAGCGCCAACACUUCCUGUGCAAGUACCAACCGUAG